AGAGGGACACACAUACAACAUUAAACAAACCCUCACGGAGCUUGAAAUCAUCGUUUUGUCGUUCAACUUACAGACACAUAGACAAAAGCACAACCAUCAUGUCGAUGUCAGCGGCGCAGGCGAGAACAACUCUUAAAGAGGUGAUGCAAUACGCGGAGGAGGGCAUCCACUACGAUGACGACGGGGAGCUCCAACUACUCACGGAGAGAGUGCCGAGUUACUUCGAUGUUAGAGUGAACAUUCGUGCAAGCAUCGCUGCGAACGGAGAGGAGUCGCUCAGAGCACGGAUGCUAUUGGCACGGUUCACUGAGGCGCAUGAUUUGCGUGUAGACAACACUGCUGAUAGCAGUGCAUACAGUUUGAGAAAAGUGGUUGGUUGGAUGUGCACAGAAGGGAUGUCCGAUGAAGGCGACGUGGAUAUGACAAAGCAGCAGAAGGGUGGAACAUACAUGUCACCCGAUUUCAAGCAGAUGUUGAUGACACAGGCGAAGAAAUGGGGAAUGCUUGUUGAAGGUUCUAAGGACGAGAUGAAGAGCGGUGCAACAUAAAUUUUAGUACUCUYGCGUUUGAAGGACAUACCGCAAGCUCCCCUGCAAGACUUCCAAAAACUUCCAGUAACUAUUGCAAACGAGGUG